AUGAGUUAUGAAAAUUGCAUCAGGUCAGUUAGAAACAAGCAGAUGGCCUCCGGCGGUUGGGGCAUCUCCGUGCCCACCCAACACCGCACCACUACAACCGCCCAUACCGCCAGCGCUAGCGCUAGCGCCAACAUCACAAAACAUCUUCAGCUCUUAGUUCCUUGUCUCGCACAUCCAAUCUUAGAAGGGGCUAAAAGUUGGCCGAUUCCUUCGGAAUUCAGAAAGCUCAGAGCAGUUGUGAUCAAUUUGAACUAA